UUAGUGUGUACAUCUGUGUGUGUGUGUGUGUGUGUGUACAUAUAUAUAAAAUAAAUGGGCUUAUUUUGUUACUGUUUUCCCCCUAGAUAAAAGUUAAACAGCUAGAAGAACAACUACAGUCUUUUGCUGAAACCACUUCACAGAAUGACCAUCUAUGCAAGAUGAACAAGGCUCUAGAGUGGAAAUAUGCUCAGGUCUGAUUAAUAACUAGGAAACAGAUUGCUGCUGUAUUAUUUGAAUUAGUUUUUAAGAAAUUGAUGACUUUCUCCCCACCUUAACAUACAAAUCCCACAAAGAUGAAUAUUCUCUCACUUGACUAAAUUCAAUGAACACUUUUUAAACACCCACUACCCACAAGUUUCUGCUAAGCCAUAGAGAAAUGCAUAAAGAUGCCUGAAGCAGGAUUGGUAUAUCAACUGGCCUAUGCUCUAAUUUUAGAGGUCUAGGAAUAUAGUCAAUAAACUUCAUUACAGAAUAGAGAGUUAUGCCUUUCAGAAGCAGAAUAGAUUGUAUUAUGAGCACUCAUAGGGAGCACCGUUACGAUGGAAACAUUGAGAAAUGCUUUCAUAGGGGAAGUGGUUUCACAGAGGAAGCCUUAAAACUCUCGGCAGAUGUUAAAGAAGUACCUUUGGUUUUUGAAUUACAGGCAAACUCAGAACUCAGUGCCACCAAGACACACCCGCAACAGCUCACCUGAAAGAUCUGUUAGUAGUAAAGGUGAUUACUUGUCAGUAUGUGGCCACUGAAGCUGAAGACCUUCUGCAGGUCACAGAGCAUUUUAGUAAAUGAGUAAAGAAAGUUAGACAAAACGCAUAUACACAACAUUUAGUGAAGAAAAUAACCCAGGAAUGUGUUACCUAAAGAGAUUCAUUUCAGUGUCUUAUAAAUUUACCAUGUAUGAAAUUAUCAUUUUUUAAAUCUUUUUCAGCAUAAGCAUGUGCGCCUUUUGUAUCUGUAACUGUGUGCACAUAAAGCCCUGGUAACCAAGCAACCAUAUUGUGACUUCACAUGGAAUCCUGUUAGGGUUCUAACCCCUGAGCAUGCUGGUAAACAGGGCCUUUGUGAGAUAGGCUCUUCUACAGGGAGUUUGAUUCAAAGUGUGUUUCUUCACUAGGACAUACUUUACAGUGCGAUUUCUUCAUUCUAAAAGCAAAGGAAUACAUUUCCAAGCAUAUUUUCCACUGCGGUUUCAUUUAGAACAUUGCGUUGUUUCUCUAGUAAAAGGGGAACUCGAAACAAUUCUACUUGAGUUGAUCUUACUGUUUCUAAUUGGUGAUGCUGCCCAGAAGAAGGAAGUCUCCGGAGAGGCCUGCACUUUCCAGCCCCCCUGAAAGCUAUCGGCCCCACGCGAACACUGGGAAGGAAAGAGCUGCCUCCGCUGGACUGCCCAGAGUUACUCCCAACUCCACACGCCCUGUGACCUGUGCUCCAACCCGGACUUUGAGAUCUUCUCAGGAGAUUGGAGACUCUGAAAUAUCUCUAAAGACUCUUUUCAAUGCUAUUAAAACUAUGGAGGGGAGGCUGGAAGGUAAAAUAGACAUUCUUGCUUCAAGACCAUUAAUAAAUGAUGAGUCGCCAAAUUUUCUUAAACUGAAUUCGGAGAAAUCCAUUCUUGAAAAGAAUGAGGAGGAGCUCUCACAAACAAUGAAGUGUCGUGAUGUAGCCCCGAGAGAGAGUCAGAAGUUGAAAGGAGACCUCGAGGCUUUGGAGGACGGGGAGAAUAAGAAGGGGGGAAACUUUCAGCAGCAAUUGGCAGAGGCUAAAGAAGACAACUUCAAAGUUACACUCAUGUUGGAGACCAUGCUGGCUUCUCACAGUAAGAUGCAAGCUGCUCUGGAAAAAGUCCAAACAGAGCUUGGGCUGAGGGACUCGGAGAUUGCAGGCCUCAAGAAAGAAAGGGCUCUAAAUCAACAGAGGGUGCAGAAACUAGAAGCAGAAGUGGACCAGUGGCAGGCGAGAAUGCUUGUUGUGGAUGCCCAGCACAACAGUGAGAUGAAGACUCUACAAAAAGCUCUAGAUGUAGCGACAGAAGACAACAGGAAACUGGCGAUGAGCCUGGGGCAAGCUCUCCAGACAAAUAAUCACCUGCAGACAAAGCUUGACAAUGUUCAACAGAAACUGGAAACCAAAGAACUGGAGCGACGCAGUUUGGAAACGUUCAAAGAACGGAUGACAGAAGAGUCCAAAAUGGAAGCAGAAUUUCAUGCUGAAUGCAUAGAAGCUCUAAAAAAGCAAUUUCAAACAGAGAGAGAAACUGCAAAGAAAGCAGUGCAGUGGGAGACAACUGAGGUAUGGGGUCAGGGGACAAAAAGGUUUCUUCUUAGGUCAAUGCCUUUAAGAGGAGAAUCGGCUCUAAGUGUUAGGGUCCGGAGUCGACCACCUCUCAAAUAGACAGAAGACACUCAUGAUAAUGCAAGUCACACAGCGGGGUUUAUUUCCAGCUAGCUGGGGUCCAAGUGUCUGCCCGGUGCAGCGGGUUUCAACAAGGACCCAAAGCACUCAAAGCCAG